AUGCAAGAAAUCGUGGAUGAGUCCGCCGACAUUGAGAUCCGACCCGAAUCCCAGCACAACCUUGGUCACCAGCCUGACUUCGUCGAGGUUAAGGUACCAGCUAAAAAGGGAGGAGUAGUAGUCAAGCCUCCAGUGAAAGAAUCUAGUAGUUCUGAAGAAGAAUCAUCUUCUGAUGAUAAGCCUGCUAAAGGAAAGGUUGCUGCUAGAAAUGGUGUGGCCAAAAAUAGCAAACAAUCUAGCAGUUCAGAUGAGGAUGAAGUUCCUAAAACAAAGCUACCAGCUGCUAAGAAUGGAACUGUAGAGUCUGAUUCGGAUGAUGAAAGUAGUGAUUCAGAAGAGGAUGCUAAAGCACUUACGAAACGUCCUGCUGCAUCUAAGAGCAGCAAUGAGUCUGACUCGGAUGAGGAUGUUGCAGCAACCAAGAAAGUUCCUGCUACUGUGACUAAAAAUGCUCCUGUUGCAGCUUCAAAGAAGGAUGAGUCGAGCAGUGAUGAUGAAAGUUUAGAAGAUGAUCCUCAAAAGAAAAAGCAGAAAGUCCCAGAUGUUGGUGUGAAAACAACUGGUCUUGCGCCAACAAAGGAGACUGUGGCUCUUGCUCCGGUUAUACCUCUCCUGGAAAAGUGA